UCGGAUUGAACCGUGGUUUUAGCAACUCGAGCUAUGGUUCUCGGAUAUUAAACUAGAUUCUUGAUGUAAACUCCGUUCAUUAAAAAGCAAUAGAAGAAGAAGAGAAGAAGUGGAAAUGUUUUCAGUUACACUUUCAGAGCAGCAGCAGAAAGUCUUAGCAAAGAGCCUUGUAUCGUUCCUCUCGAGAUAUAAACACAUAUCCGACUCUUACAUUAUUGAGUUUUUCAGUGAGAAUCUGUGGGAAACUUUACCUGAAGGAUGGCAGAAAGCCUUGAGAGAUUUAUCACCACCUCAGGUAGCAGACCUGCUUCUGCACAGAGAGCCCCAGAACAGGGUCUACCCUUCUGUCUGGCCUCUGUCAUUGCUGGCACUAAGAGCCACAGCUCACACACUGGCAUUUCCUCGGAUGUCUUCAGCCCACCAGUCCAAGGACACAGUAAAGCUAGAUGAAUUUCCCUCGAACAGCAGUCAAAGCUCUCUGCUUGGCCAUAUCUUCCGCAAACACGUGAAACCCAAGAAACAACAUGAGAUUCGUAAACUUGGCAUGUUGGUUAAACAGCUGUGUGACCAGACUCAGUGUAGCAGUGUGGUUGAUGUUGGGUCUGGGCAGGGCCAUUUGACCCGUUUCCUGUCAUUUGGACUUGGCCUGGAUGUUACUGCUGUUGAGGCUGAUCCCAGUCUAGUUUCCAUGGCCUCUAAAUUUGAUGAACAGCUCCUGUUGACAAUGGCCAAAGAGAGUCGUAAGACAGGCAUCAGUCACACAUCACUUGAUCCUGUACCCCGGCAUGUGGUUGGCUGGAUUAACCCCAGAGACACCUGGGAGUCUUUCCUUCAGCAGUUGGGGGAGAGGAAGAAAAACAGUGAGAGUUACCCAGCCAAAGCAGGAUCAUGUAAAAAGAGACCGCGGGUAUCGAUGACAUCAGACAAGGAACGUGAGCUUGAAACGGAGCUUGUUUGUGGAAGCCAGCACUUGUGCACAGGGGAUUGCAGCUUGGUAGAAAAUGUUGAUGAGAAUCCUGCUAGGUCUACUCUUCAGCAACAUGAAAAGGAAAACAAUGACUGUGUAGCUCGGUCAGACACUGUUAUGGCAGAAUUUCACCUACAAACUGGUUUUGGAUGGAAUUCAUCCACGCAUCCUGAGGUCUGUUCUAGUGUUAAAGAACCAGUGUGUUCAGAUUUUGUACUGACUGGACUUCAUGCUUGUGGUGACCUUAGUGCUACUCUUCUUCGCCAUUUUGCUAACUGCCCCCAUGUUCAAGGAAUCACCUCUGUAGCCUGCUGCUAUAUGAAAAUCACUACCGAGGAGAACCCUACACCUCCUGGAGUCAUCAUCCCAUCUCUGUCUGAUAACACAAAUGAAGUAUCACAAGCAGAAUAUGGCUACCCGAUGAGUGAUUGGGUGAGAAGGUUGCCCGGACAUGAGCUAUCUUAUAAGGCUCGUGAGGGAGCAUGCCAUGCAAUCGAGGACUAUGUCCAUAGGUUGAGAGAUGAAAGCUCAUUGCUGAAAACGCACUGCUACCGAGCUGCUCUGGAGAGCAUAAUCAGAGCAGAGAGGCCUCAGCUACGCAGAGCAGGCAUCCAGACCAUUAAAAAGGCCCAUAUGCUGUCAUUCGCCGAGUAUGCCCGUCUGGGGCUCACCCGUGUUGGCUUGCCUGCUGACCUCACAUUUGACCCUGUAAGUGUGGAAGGCCUGCUGGAGCAACAGGGCAGAGUGGUGGUAUAUUUCAGCCUGGCUUUGUUGCUGGCUCCAGUUGUGGAGACUUUGGUCCUCCUCGACAGAAUGCUUUUUCUACAGGAGAGAGGUUUUCAAAGCCAUCUGAUUCCACUGUUUGAUCCAGCACUUUCACCACGAAACCUUGUGCUGGUGGCAGUGAAACCAAAAAAAGAUGGAGAAGAGGUCAUACAGCAGAACAGUUCACACCAGUCAUCUGCAAUCACUACUCCAGAAUCCCCAAAAUGUCCAAGACUGAAUUUGCUUAAAGGGAAAGUGCACUGAUGGAUCUUGUGUGUUUAUUAGUGACAUUGUUUUGCCAAAAUGCAGCCUUCUGAAAUUUAAAUCACUUUUUUAAACCUGAUGACAAGUAUUUUCUGCUGAGUAGUGCUGACAUUUUAUGUUUUUAUCUGCUUUAUUGACCAAAAGUCCAAGAGUUUGGGAAUAAGACCAAAUCUUGUCUUGAAAGGUGAAAUCUCUCUAAAUGUAUGCCCAUUGUCUGUUAUGUCUAAAUUGCAUCUGAAGAGUGAUUUUAUUUUGAUAUAGCUUUUUAAAACACAUUGUUGUCGCUGUCAUUUUCUUAGCGAUUAUCUAGGACAAUAAUCUUGCGGGGAAAAAAAAUAAAAAUCCUCUUUGCCCUACAGAGGAACUGUAUAGUCUCUAACAGCUUUUUCAGUUACCAGAGUGAAUGUGUUGUACAAGUUGUUUUACAUUAAUGCCUCUGAUUAAUUACCAGGCUUGAUACACAAUUAACAUAUUGUGAGUACUUAAACCAUUAUCUGUGUAUUCAGUUACGUAAGAGCUGCUGAGUGGUUGGCCUUUGACUAGCAGGCCUUGCCUGAGACCUAAAAGUAUUAAUGAAGGUAUCAGAGCUCAGGAUCUCUGGUACGUCUCAUAAAACAUUUAGAAUGGCACAGAUAUGAACCUACUAUAGCAUUUUAUGCAGAAAUCAAAAAUAGAAACAGCUUGACUGAAGUAGUGAAAGACUAUAUUUAUUGAACUGUUUCCUCUUCCAAUUUCUGAAGAAUAAAAAAACUAAUUUAUUGUUCUCACUUAUGCAUGGAAGUGUGUCAUAAGCAGCAGUAUACUUCAACUCCAGGCACUGGCUCAUUACAGGUGAUUUGUAUUAUAUGUUGUACAGUAUGUGUAGCCAGGUGAAUGUACUUUUUUUUUUUUUUUUUUUAUUAAAA